ACCCAUGCAUCCAUCUUCGUCCUCUCUCUAGUCUCUAAAUAUAAGCCGGCCUGUAGGCUCUAGCUAGCUGUAGAGUUCAUUGCAACCAUGACUGCUGAUAAGCUUGCUGCCUUGGUUGCGGUAGCAUUGCUCGGUUGUGUGGUGCACACAUGCCAAGCGAGCUACGGCUAUCCCAACCCAUUGCCGCCCAUCCCAAGCCCGACACCUCCUACGGCACCGGCGCUCACCCUGGACUUCUACAGCUAUUCCUGCCCUAAUGCGGAGGCAAUUGUCAAGGAAGCCGUAAGGAACGCCACAGACAACAAUCGCGGCAUCGGCGCCGGGCUCAUCCGCCUCUUCUUCCACGACUGUUUCGUCAGGGGUUGCGACGCCUCGGUUCUCCUAGACGCGACGACGGCCAACCCGGAGCCGGAGAAGCUUGGCAUUCCAAACUUCCCCAGUCUCCGCGGCUUCGAGGUGAUCGACGCCGCAAAGGCGAAGCUUGAGAAGGAGUGCGGUGGGAUUGUCUCGUGCGCUGACAUCGUCGCUUUCGCUGGGCGCGACGCCACCUUCUUCCUCAGCAACGGCGUGGUAGACUUCAAAAUGCCGGCUGGCCGCUACGACGGACGUGUGUCUUUCGCCAACGAGACCCUCCGCGACCUGCCCCCUCCCUUCGCCAACGUCACGGUGCUGGAGGCAAUGUUCAAAGCCAAGGGGCUCGACCUCGACGACAUGGUCACCCUCUCGGGCGCGCACACCGUUGGAAUCUCUCAUUGUUCGUCCUUCGCUGACCGCCUUCCAGCCGACCCGUCGGACCCCACGUCCAUGGAACCCGCGCUGGCUAGCUCGCUACAGCAGAGGUGCAGCCGUGGUGGUGACCCCGUUGUGGUGCAGGAUGUCGUUACCCCCCGUGACCUGGACAGACAGUACUAUCAGAACGUACUCGACCGUAAAGUGUUAUUCAAAUCGGACGCGGCGCUGCUGUCGCCGCAGACACUCAAGGCUGUGGAACACAACGCCAAGAACCCCGGGAAGUGGGAGCGAAAGUUCAAGGACGCAAUGGUUAAGAUGGGCAACAUCGAGGUGAAGACCAAGGCCAACGGGGAGAUCAGAAAGCAGUGCCGGUUCGUCAACUAGCGACCGGUUGAUGAGACAAACCCUUACUUCAUCUUGACUCCUGAAGCCGGAGACUGAUCAGAAUAAGCUCGUGCUUUUGUUCGUAUGUGUUAGCUUAAUUUCCGUUGCUGUUUAUUUGCUACCAAAAUUUGUAUUAUUGGUCCAUUUUUUGCUUCACAUCUCUAUCGAAAAUAUUGGUGUACUUUAUUAUGAGA